AGACUAAAAAAAGGAUAACGCUAUGUGAACAACGGACUUGUGAAUCUGAAUCGUCAUGUGUACAUUUUGUAAAUAAACUGUUUUUAAACGAUUUGACACGGCGUGGCUUGUUUGCUAAUUCAGGAGUGUCUGGAUGGAGAACAAGAUUCAGGAGGUUUACGUUGGUGUUUGUCCAGGACAGUCCCAGUUCAACUCCAAAAGACCAUUGGAAAUGAAGAAGUAUGUGAAUUCGUCCGUAGACUUACAGGAAGGCAUCGCAAGCGAUUGGCAAACGAGACACCGGCGACUGAAGACAACAAAAUAUCCAACUUUGCAGAAGAAAACAAUGAAAUGUUGUUUGAUGCAAAAUCUAUGGUUCGAGACUGGAUUGAAAGUGAGCAAUGCAGUAAUUAUGAGAAGAGAUGUAAACUGGAUGAUAGUCUGAUUAAAAUUGGUCGACAUGAUAUGACAGAUUUUUUCGGCACAAUUCACUUUCGGCGAAAAAAAGAUCCCGAACUCUCGGCAAACUUGCAUCGGGAGUCAAAAACAUUCCAUCUUGCGACGAUCUUCGACGAUGAUUUAAUCCGGUUAAGAACGCUUAUGACUUGCCUUGACGAAGACAUGAUGCAAACGUUCUGCGAGAAAGUAGGUAUACCCCUUAAAGUAGAAGGACCGAAAAAGAAGAGUUCGGACAUUAUUGAUCUUCGACAAUGGAGAGACAGUCACUUACAGUAUACAGUGAAAGAAGUCUUCUCAGAAGUAUCUGGAUUCAUGACAAAUAAAACUAAAGUAAACUUUGUAACGGAUCAAGAACUUGAGUGGCUGGUGUCUCAAGCGACAAUUGACGACAAGGUGGGGGACUUUACCAGUAAAAAACGACUCCACUGGAAGAGAUCAAAAAGGACAGCAAGAAAACUAAUGGCUACACUCAGCUUAAUGUCCGACGACCAUGAUGGAAAGUAUCAACCCAAGUUUGAGCGAUCACUCUCACAAGAAGGGACAGGAAAAGAAAACGCCGGUUCUCAUGAAGAAUCGCAGGAAGAAGAUAUAUCUUCGUCUGAUCUGGGGCAACAACUGAGAUUAUGGAGAAGAAAGCGUGUAGACAAAUCUUGUCGAAAGCCAUUGAGAUCGGCUUUCAAAUCUGUAGGGCUAGAAGAAUGCAUCGUAAACAAGACGCCACGGGAAAGGGUGUAUGAAGUAGAGAUUAUACGAGCAGCCUUUCUCAUAUUGAUGAGGGACGUUUAUCCCGUCAUAGAAGCACUGGAAAUCAACAAAAUAACGACUUCGAAGUACAUGAGACAGUGUUCUGUUCUAGACAAAGGAUCGUUGGAUCUUCUGUUCCAGAUCUGCGAAGUAAAGGACAAAUCGGAAAGCUACAAUCGUCUUGAUUUCUGUGCAAAGCUCACAAAUAUGGGUUAUGUCGAUGUUGCAAGAUCUAUAUAUUUAGAUCACGAGAUGAGUACAAGUGAGCUCGCAAGAAUUGCCUUUGUACUGAACGACUGUGACCAAGCAAAAUUCAAAUCUCUUAUUGGUCAACUGGAUUUGAGACCUGAUGAACUUCCAGAAUGCCUUGGAGCAUACAGUAAGGUAGACUGUUUAGAAGUGCUAAUGACUUGGAAGGAGAAGAUCAGACCAGUUCCGUAUCACUACAGACGGCAUAUCAUUGAUGGUCUCCAAGCAGUUGGAUGUUCAGAUCUUGCUGAUGAAGUUCUAAGAGGCCUUUAUCGACAGGAAUCUCCAGAGGAAGAUGCCAUUAAAAUUAUCUGCAGUAGACUUGAUGACGGUCAGAUACAGAAUCUUGUUCGAUUCCUGAAACUUAAGCCUGAUGAUGGUGAACAAGAUCGGAAAAUGUCAACUAACAUGAUUGUCCGCUGGGCGGAUAAGUGGAUGAGAAAGUAUGAUUCCUCGGCUAUAUCAUUUAAAGAGAGAAGAUCAGUAAACGAUGAGCUUGUUAGAGCAGGGUUUUAUGAGCUAGCUCAUGAAAUCAUGAUACUAGAAUUUUCCAAGUUCUAAUAUAGGAAUCUCAUGCAAGCUUAUUGUCUUUAUUGUUAGAUAUUGAUUGAUUCUGCUUCAUCUGUAAAAAUGUGAGAUCUACCUUAAAUGUAUGAAUUUUAUAAUUUCGUCUGCGUUGUAUUUGUUAUUCCUCAACAACAUGAACAAGUGAUUGCUAGCGUUUCCGUGUUCAAAAUGCAGAAUUGACGUGCAUACUUACACUGUAGCAAACAAUAUUAUUGAACGUCUUUGUACCAUAGCGUGUAGACAUGAAAAUACCUUGUACCUUGUACCUUGUAGUUUCAAUCCCUGAAGUCCUCCACCAGGAAGGGUAACUCAGGGCUGACGAGAGUGGGAUAUGUUAGAUCUUUAUAAACUUUUGAAAGAAACUUUUCAUGAAAACAAGAAUAUAAUGAAAAGCAUGCAUUGAACACUGAUCAAAUGAUGAGUCCAGAACCUCUCCAGGUAACGUUAAUUUCUCGAUCCAUUUGAGCAUGAGUAUUAAUAAUAAUUUAAUGACAGCUUUUUAAGAACUACCUUAAACCAUGUAAAUAGCGUUCAAAAUUUAACCAAAAGAGUGAUAAACUAAGUUACUUUAUUUGCACUUAGUUGUAAUUCCAGUUUUAACCGCAGCCAAUCCUAGAAUGCGAUGGGAACGAGGACGGAAAAAUAAGUUGCAUUAGCAGUAGUAGUAGCUAAGUAGCGGAUAUAAUAACAUGUGCUUUUAUAAGAGAAUGGUGUCUAUGUAUAAAUGUGUCAUCAAAAUUGUUGUUGCAAAAAAAAAAUUAUCGCAGCUUUCAUAAAUGAAUGCAAAUUACUAAAUCGCAUUAAUCAUUCGAAUGUUUAGAUUAAGAGUAGGCGUAAUAUGAUUUCAAUCAGUAUGAUUCAUCAUUGUUUAAUUAUUCUCACCACUCUCUUGCCUUAUUUCUUUAUACAUAUUGUGUAAAAGACGGUGAGCGAUGAUGACUGUGUAAUGUAAGAAUAUGUUUUGUACGUACAAAAAUAGUUUUAUUUUAAAGUUUUAUUUUAAAGCAGGCAAUGGUGUAUCUAUAAAAUAGUGAGAAAAAACCCAAGAUGUUUCUUUUGACUAAACGUAUAUUCUGCGAUUAAAAAGUAGGUAAAGUGGUUAGAUUAAACUUUUCUGACCAUAAUAGAAAUGCAAGCCUAUGGGAUAACUUAGUAUAAACCUUUUUUCAAACUUUUCGAUUAUUAUCCAUUGUGGUCAAAACAACUGCGAGCCGACUAAAAUUCCGGUUUUAUCUUUACAGACAUUCGGAAUCUAAUACAUAAUUCCGUCUAAAGAUAAUACAAAUGCCUACUCUUUGAUCGAAGGUUAGGGUAUGUUCUAAGUCUGUGCAUAAAUUAUUGAAGGCCAAUCAUGUCAAAACUUUGUUGUGUCUCCUGAUUGUAUCUUCUCAUGAUGGAUGAAGAAGAAAAUUUGUGAUAUUGCCUUUUUCUAACAAUAGGUUUAUUGGCGAAUUCGCUGAGUGAAAUAUAAAAAAACUUAUCCUGGUUAGGCACCUUUUUGCUAUACACACCAAAGAGUUAGACUGCGGUGUAAGUUUGACAUCAGGUCAAAGGCAAAAUAUGUAUACCUAUUUUUAGUAUAUUUGUUGGUGUGUGUGGGGUGCGUCUGCAUGUGUGUUUCAUUACAUUUUAAUAGGCCCUAUUUCGUUCUUUUGCGCGAAUGUAUGAGUUCCUUCAAGAAUUCAGAAUCUAUACGAGGACUCUGCAAAAGAGAAAUGAUUUUUUUUUUCGUUAUUCGUUUUGUUGUGCGUUUUUCUACCAAGAAACUGGAAAAGGUAAUUGUCUUCCCCGUUUUUGUGUUACCAAUGUUUUUUUUCAUAAUAUGCCACACAGGCCAUUUUAUUUUAGAGCUUUGUUCUGUUUCUCGGAGGGCGGGGGGUUAUUUCUUAUUCAAUUAAUUUACUUUCAUGUGAGUUAGUAUAUCAUGCACAAAUUGCUUACAGAUGGAUAUUGUGUAAUGGAAACAUUAAGUUUUCUGUAGAAAAAAAACGUGCAAAAACAACGGUGGGUGUUUUCGUAUUUGUGUUCUUUGUGAAGGUUUGUCGACUGGGUCAACACUCUUUAUUAAAAUGUUGGGCAACAUACUGUCCGCGCAACAAUAGGUUAAAAAAUCGAUCAAACUCUGGGUAGUUUUUAACCAAUACUGUGUAGUUUUCACAAAAAGUACACAUUAUUGCAUGGUUUAAACCCACCCAGAAUUGGAAAAAAGCUUUAGCCACUUGUUGUGUGGACAGUUUUAUUGCCCAACAUUUUUAAGAGUGAAUGAUCAAAGGGUUGCACUGAGGUUUUCGUCAAUUGAAACACAAGUAAAAAUUGUUUAAUAGAAAAAUAAACUGUUUUGCUGUUAUAUUCCAUAUACUCCAUGUCUGCUUUUACAUGUCAGUAUUUCAAGAAUGUCGAAUUUGGUGAAUGAGUUUGUUUAAAAAAAUAUGCACGCUAUUAUAAUUUAACACGAUUUAAUUACGCUGUACAUUAUUUUGUAUGAGAAGGCCAGGUCAUGAUUAAUUAAUAACACUUGAUAAUAAAGCUUUUCAUAUUUUCCCCCGAUUUAUAUUAACCAAAUUUACUAAGUGACAACCUGAUUUAUAACAUUACUAUACGUUUAUCAGUAACAUUAUUUUCUUAUCAGUGUCUCUGUAAAGUCCAUUGUUGAAAAAAUAAAGGGAUUAACCUAUGUGGCAUUAUUUCGUUUCACG